CAUGACUGACAUCCUGUGCGACUGGCUGAACGGAGAAGUGAAGCUCUCGCGGGUCGUGGCUCCAGAAUCUUUUCCCAGAGAAUUUUCUUCUGGAUACCUCAUUGGAGAACUUCUUCACAAGUAUGAACUUCAGGAUGACUUUGACCAGUUUUCGCAAAGCAGGGUUGCCAAUGCAAAACUCAACAACUUUUCUCGCAUGGAGCCCACCCUACAACUCCUGGGCGUGCAGUUUGAUCAAAACGUGGCUCGAAACAUCAUGACCGAGCAGCGUGGGGCUGCCACCAAGCUCGUGUACCAGCUGUACGUGGCUCUGGAGAAGAAGAAGAAAGCUGGGCUCACUGGAGUAGCCAUGGAUGCCAUGAGGCCCUCGGCUCCUGCAAAGCUCAAGAGUGUCGGGACUGAGAUGUAUCGAGAGCGCCUGAAAACCUUAGUGCCGCGGCAAGCAGACCUGUCUCUCCAGCAGAUUUCGGACAACUUCCAGAGCAAAGCCAAGGACAUGGACAGUAAGAAAGGCCAAAUGCUACUUGUGGAGCAACAGAAAGCCAGGAAAUUGCAAGAGGAGAAUAAAAUUAAAGACACGGAAAAGAAAGUUGCGGAGAGACGGAGGCAGCAUGAAAUCAUGGCCAAGAUUCAAGCGGCGAUCAUCCAGAUUCCAAAACCAUUGCCUCAGCACACAAUGCAGGCGAUUGAAGCCCAGAAAUUGCUGAGAAAGAAAAGGGAGGCAGAAAGCACGUACACAGAAAUUCGGAAGUUUGAGCAGCAGAUGAGGAAAGAGACCUCCAUCGACACUUUCACCAAAUUCAACGGCAGCAUGCUGCACAUGGUUUUGCAGACGAAAGACAUGGAUGCGGCAGCCCCAGCCAUCACUCAACUCCUGAACACCUACUCGGAUGAUGAAUACAUAAGGAAAAUUCAGAAACGGCUCGAGGAAAACACCUUCGCUCGUGAGCAGCGGGAAAAAAGGCGGCGGAAGAUGUUGCAAGAGCAGCUGGUGGCCCACGAAGCGCAAGAAGAGGCGUACAGAGAGGAGCAGCUCAUCAACCGGCUGAUGAGACAGUCUCAGCAGGAGCGCAGAAUCGCCGUACAGCUGAUGCACGUACGGCACGAAAAAGAAGUGUUAUGGCAGAACAGAAUAUACAGGGGGAAACAGUUUGAGGAAAGGCGGCUUAAAGAAUUCCAAGAAGCCCUUGACAGAGAGGCGGCUCUUGCAAAACAAGAGAAAAUUGAGCUUGAGGAUCAAGCCCUUCAAGAGAAACAGCUGCAUGCCAAACUGGCCGCUGAGAGGGCCGAGGUGCGCUAUAAGAAGCAUUAUUCUAUUUGUUGGGAAGUAUUUGAGCAAAUCAUUGAUUUAGCGACCAAAAUAGGAGAAUACCGAAUGCUGACGAACAACUUAAUCCCAGGAAAGCUGAUGCGUGACUGGAAGGAACUGUUCCUAAAAGGGAAACCGGUUUAUGAGCAAGCAUCGAUUGACCCUUUGCCAACUGAGCCUACUCCUCCACAGCUUGUAGAACUGGACAAAAUGAAUUUUCUAGAUGAAAAAGAUUAUGAUGAAUAUAAGACUAUGACAGGAGAAUGGUGCCCUCCUGAAGAGAUCAGCGCGAAUAAACCUCCACCCAGUAACCCGAUACUGGGUCAUGUGAUUUAUCGAAUGAUGGGCAUCAUCUAUCCCCCAGAACCAGAGCCGCCUCCGCCUGUGAUUUCUCCAUUUCCUAUCAAGGGAUGUAUUUUGGGGAAGCUCUGUAGUGGGAAAACUACCAGUCUCAAGUUCCUGGAAAGAGUUUGCAACAUCCAGGCAUUGUUUAUCGAUCAGCUGAUAUCAGACGCCAUCGAAGCCUUCCAUCAAAAUGAACUGGGAAGCAUAACCAGCCUGAUUCUAUCGAAAACGGAAGAAGUUUCCAUGAAUCAAUUUGAUGUCCUGCGAGCAGCUUCCAAGGCUUCCAUGGUAGUACUGAAGUCUUGCGAUGAAGUAAACAAAGAUCCUGAUCAAGUAUCCGCCUCGAAUAAGUCGACAGAGUUGAGUGAUGAAGAGAAUGACUUAACCAAGCUUUCUAUUCGUGCUCAGCUUGGGGCAGCUGCGGAAAUACUGUUGAGGAGAGGAAAAAGCAUUCCAGAUGAAUUAUUAGUUGGCAUCCUGGUUGAAAAUAUUAGCCGUUUGCCACCAAAUCAAGGUUGGAUCAUCAAUGGGUUUCCAAUGACACUGAAUCAGGCCAAGCUCCUCGAAAAGGCACUGACGGGGCGAGAUCCAGACAAGCCAGUAGCAACAGAUACCAGUGUGAAAAAGCCCACCUUGGUUGUAGAUCCAACAGCACCGAAAGAGCCACCCGUGCUCCCGCCUGCUCUUGACUUCAUCAUAUUGCUAGAGGUUUCAGACUCCGUUGUUCUGAACCGAGUGGCAAACAGGAAGUCUGUCCCUGACAUCUAUGCACGUGGUGACCCCAUUUUAGGUGCCAACCUCCAAGAUAGAGAAAAAGAGUAUUCCCUGAGAGGCCAGAUGCAACACCGAAUCAUUGGCUUCCUGGACAAUUGGCCGGCACUCAAAACCUGGUAUGCUGAGCAGCAAAAUAUAUUAAUAAAAGUCAAUGCAGAGACAGAGGAGAAUCUUUUGUGUCAAAGAGUAAAAGAAAUUUUAGUGGAGGAGAUCGAAAAGAAAAGAAAAGAACAGGAAAGGAAAGACGCUGAGAAACGAGCACGAGAGAUUGCCACUACUGCUUCCCAGGAAGAGGUGCUGGCGGUAAUAGGGGGGAAAUUGGAAGAAGCUGUUUCUUCUCUUGAGCUCCCGGAGCCAGAACCCGUAGAGCCCAAAGAAGAGCCUAAAGCUCCUGCAGAAUCCCCUCCGACGUCGCCACCGCGUAAAGAUAAAAAGAAGAAGAAAGAUGAGGCAGCCAAAGGAAAAGAUGCAGGCAGCAGACCAGGUACCCCACGAGGAAAAUCACCAGGGAAAGCUGCCCCGCCACCCCCUGAAGAAUUACCGCCUCCUGCUGCUGUAGAACCACCUCCAAUUAAACCAGGAACACCUGAAUGGAUUUAUGUCGAAGAGCCACUUCCAACCGAAGUGCCUGAAUUCUUAAUCCCUUAUUGGGAAGUUGUAGAGGCCUCCUAUGCCAGUAACAUCAAGGCUACUCUUCGGCAUCUCCGGGCUGAGCAGCACAUUGUCAUUCAUUACUUGUCGGACAUCAGAAAUCAUUUCAAGGAAUAUUUGAAACGUCCGGACUACAAACAGGAGUUUGUGACUCAGUGGCAAGCCGAUUAUAUCUCGGUUGCUGAUGACCUGUGGGAUGACGAUGAAACCAAAGAGGAACUGCACCAAAGAGUUACAGACUUGAGAGAUCGCCUGUGGGAUAUUUGUGAAAACAGAAGGGAUGAAGCCGAGCAAGAGCGCAGCGAUAUCAUGAACGACGGCUGGCUGCCAGAUCGGAUGGGGCUUCUGCUUAAUCAUAUCCUUUCACUCAUGCAGUACGAAGUGGACCGUUUCCAAGAUACCAAGAGACUGUUGCAUGACUAUUAUCGAGGAAUGGAAGGCAAAACCCCCACAGAGACCAGCACAGAGUUUAGCAGAAUACCCCUGGUAGACCUGAUUCAAGGAGAUGAAGAGGGCAAGAUUAAAACAAUCCCUUUAUCGUCUCGCAGGUGUCCUUCUCCGGACAUCGUACUCACCAAGCAGAAAACCAAAGCAUAUCAAAUAAAGAGCGCCAAGGAGGAUUAUCUGGCUUCUGAAAGCGCCUUGUUUAAUUUUAACUCUGAUGAGAAACUGCUCUCUGAGACGUGGCACAAUGCCGUCAUGACAAUAUCUAACAUGGUCAGCUCUGAAAUGCAAGACAAAGAGGCCGAGGAAGAAAGAGAGCGCCUGCAGCAAGAAAUAAAUGAGAAGGAACACCAGAAAUCUUCCCAAGCAGCUGCUGGCAAAGGCGGAAAAGAAGGCAAAGGGGGGAAAGGCGGAAAAGGUGGGAAGGAGGCGAAAGAGAAGAAAGGCGGAAAGGAGGCGAAAGAGGGGAAGGGUGGAAAGGAUGCCAAGGGGAGUCGAAAGGAGAGCAAAGACACCAAAAAAGGGAAAAAGAGAGAAUCUACAUCUGUGGUUGAACCACCGCUCAUUCCUCUGUCCCCGGAGGACUUAAAAAAACAGGAACUGAAACUUAGAAUGAAGCAAGAAUUUUUUACUGCACUAGAGCAUGAAGCGGAGGCUGCAAAAUCUCGACUUGAGAUGUUAAAAUUUAAAGCGCACGCCUUCAUUGAAGAUUUAACCUCGAAAGCCGAACUAGUGUACAGGGAUAUGGAAAAAUGGCUUGGAGAGAGAUACUUGGCUGAAAUGUCCAGCGUUGAGAAAUUAAUCGAGGUUGCCCGCCACCAUAUCGAAACAUCUUCUAGAAUCCAGAACGAGCUUGUUCUAGAAGGGACAGAGUUUUACAUUAAUGCUGAUAUCAAAGUAUUCCCGGAUGCUGUCCCUCCAUCCCGCCCUCCAUCGGUAGAGACUGCUAUGAAUGGUACUCUAACGAUUUCGCAGCUUAGCAGUCUUCAUAAACAGUUUCUACAGGUGGCACCAAAAGGUUUAAUACCAACUAAAACAUUCAUUGACAUUAUUUAUGACCUGGUCACUUUGAAUCUUGGUGGCAACGUGCUUCCUGAUAGCUGGAUGCACCUCUCCACGUACGAAAUACAGAGCAUAGCAUCAAUGCUAACUGUGAACCUGGACAUUGUGGACUGGCGCAGGUUCUUACAAGCGGCUUCCCAGCCUUGGCCCAUACCCUCUGUGAUGGAGUUGCUAGAAAUACUGCAAAGAUUCCAGGUGGAGGAUGAAGAUAGAUCAGGCUUUGUCACACAAGAACAAUAUAAUCAGGCUGGCCUCUGGUUUAAAGGCAGCGAGGAUCUUGUCAUUCCAGAAAGUCCAACCGAACCCUUACCAUUCAACCGGCAGGAGCACCUUAUAAAGUUUUUAUUCACGUUGUUUGCUGGCCGCCCAAAAGAUCAGCCUCUGCUGGACUACACUAAAAUGUUGCUGUAUUUUGCCUCUCAUCCCGAUGCUGUCGACGGUGUCUAUCGGGCCCUCAGCGUCGCUACAGGAAUGUACAUCCACAGGAAAAAAGAGAUGCACACUCCCGUUCCCCGUGUGUUCACUUCUGCUACUGAACAUCUGAUUAUUGAUGAACGUGAUGAGCUGGCUGAGGAGGAGGAAGGUGGGGAAGAAGUGGAGGAGGAGGAAGAAGAGAAGGAAAAAGAAGAUGAAGAUGAACUUUACACCAACGAAGGAAUAAUUUCUCUGCCUACCCUACUCAGAGUGUUUCAACAUGAAACAGUCGAAGCAGAGGACAACCAUAGAUUUAGUGACUAUCUGACGAGAGAGGAUAAUUAUGAGCACUUCAUUAAAAUAUACAAGGAGCUUGGCUCUGAGGAUUUGGAACCCAUCACUGUGGCGCUACUUCUGAAGCAUCCCUUCAUUCAAGACUUGGUUAAAAACUACCAGGAUUACAAACUUCCUAACAUUUUCAGCAGCGAUGAAACGGUACCAUGUGUCAAUCUCCAGCAAACGCGAGGGCCGAUCAAAUGGAACACGUAUAUUACGUGUAUUAAAGCAUUAAAGUAAUAGGAUUUGCCCCCAAAAUACAACUCUUAAAAUGUACAUCAAGAAAGGAUUUUAAAAUGUAUCUGCAGAGAAUCGAACAAACUCAGCCAAUGAACGGAGAAGCCAUCAUCUUAUAAAGAAGUUAA